AUGCUCGAUUCCACUGAAUCAGGUUCCUCGCUCGACAUUGCCUCGGGGUUCGAUGCUCUUCCGUACGAGGUCGUCUUGGCCAUCAUCCACUAUCUGCCGCUGAUUGACCAGGUCACAGUGCAGAGGGUCUCUCGUCGGUUCUCGCAAGUCAGCAACGACUCGAUGCUGUGGAGGAAGAUAUCGCUGGAGCCCUUCAGAUCGAUUGUCGACGACACUACCCUGGGCAUCCUGGGACGCACCCGCUUUGCUUCUAUCGAUCCCGAGAUCGGAGCGGGCCGGCUGAUGGAUCUCGACCUGAGUGGAUGCAAGAUUACCGACUGGGGCGUCAUUGCCAUUUCCGAGCGCUGCCAGAGGCUGCGAAGUUUGAAUCUGCAGUGGCUCGAUGAAAUCACCGACCUGGCGUGCGAUGCACUUGCCCGACAUUGCAAAGAACUAUCGUCGCUCAACCUCAAGUGGUGCACCAAUGUCUCGGACAAGGGCAUACAGCACCUGGCCCGCUCCCUUCGUCAGCUCGAGACACUUGUACUGUGCUGCAACCCAAGCCUGACGGACGAUGCCCUCGAGUACCUCGCCGGCGGGCUUACUCGAUGGUCCCUCCGGAGACUGCGACUCUCGCUCUGCGACAGCAUCACGGCGGACGGCCUCAGGAAUCUGGAGCAAAUGCCCAGAUUGACCUAUGUCGAUGUUGCCCUGUGCACCAGUGUGUCCGCCGACAGCAUCGAUUCGCUGACGGAUCUGGGCAUUCUUGUCGACCACGAAGGAACCUGAGCUGCUGCUCCGUGGGGCAGCCGCGACUCUGGCC